AUUUCCGAUCGAAAUACAUAAAUCUUACCGCGAUUGCAUUAGACUGGAAAGUCAGUGGCGGAGUUUAUGAAGAGCGACCCGCUAUAGUAUUCUACGUAAUUCGCAAGGGUGUGAUUCCCCUUGGUGAUCAACACUUUCCCAAAAUUAUUGAUGGAAUAGAAACAGAUGUACGAGAGGGAAUUUAUCGUACAACUGGCACAGAUUCGCAUUAUUGUCGUAGUUAUGAGCCGGUAAUUACUUUGGGCUGUAGUAUUGGAAACUCAAAUAAUACCAGUGCGGGAACCUUAGGAUGUUUUGCAAAAGAUAGCACGGAAAAUACCUAUAUUUUAACGUGCCAACAUGUCUUAUGCUUGAACGAAGGUUCUGAAACAGGAUUAAUUUUUCAACCGGCGUAUAUUGACUAUGUAGGGAUGCUUAAAAGUGAGAAAAAAAUAACAAUCGAGAAGAUAAAAAAAGCACAGUAUAUAUAUAAAGAUCAAGAAACAAUUGAUUUAAACAGCAAAAAACUCGAGACGAUUAAAAAUGACCUUGAAAGUGCGAAGAAAAAGGACACAUUAGUUGGGUCGUUUUACAAAGGAUUACGUGAUAAUUAUAAAAUUGAUGACAAAAAUUAUGGAGUUGAUGCCGCCAUAGCUUCACUAGUAGAAACAAUUAAUGGUAACUUUCGAAAAUUUGAUCCAGUAGGUUUACCCAUAUCGGACUUCACAUUUAAACGAUUGUCACAUGAACCUAUUAAUCUUUCAUGUACCAUAGAUAUUAUCAACAACCUUGAUUCAGUCGAUAUUUCGCAACCUGUAUUUAAAGUUGGACGAACAUCUGGACUGACUAUUGGACAUAUAAAAGAAACAAUUUUAUCAUCAAUUUUGUUAAGUGGAGUUCAUAACGCAUUUCACCAACAGGAGAGAAUAUUUGGGCGUUACUUAUUAAAAGAAAUUAAACAUAAGGGGAAAUCUAUAUUUCCUCCUAAAUGGUUAGAUAGACAAAUAACAGUAAUGAAUGAUGGAAUGUUUACGGAAGAAGGGGAUUCUGGUUGUAUAUGGUUUAAUAAAAGUGGAGCAGUUAUAGCAAUGGGUCAUGGAAAUUUAUUUACAAAUAUUGCAAUUUAUUCCAUAGGAUCGCCAAUACAUGCA